AUGAUUCCCGGUGCUGAAACUUUGUUGAAAAACGAAGGUGUCGUGACUGCUCUUCGAAUCGGAGUCGAUGGCAUCGAUGUGAUUAUUCCAUUUCGAGUCACAAAGCCAAUCAAAAGAGAAGACAUUAAGCUGUUUGUCGAUGAUGAAGAGUGGAUCGAAUUUUGUUGGAAUGAGCAUAGUGUAGAUUGGCUGAAACGCGGGGUGGUUGUCAGUGGAUCGGCUCCGUCGUUCAAUUGCUCUCCCAUAUGGCAUUUCUAUGACUCUAGUCUCGGCUUCAACUUGUCUCCACUCGCUGAUCGACUCGUUUGGAGCCAGUUUAACAAUCGGCGAUUUCGCUGUCAAUACAAAAAUGAAACAACUGACCUUUUCAUUCAGGCUGCCCAAAUCAUCAACAUCUACAAUGGUAUUCGUUUUACGGCGAAUUGCACUAUGGAAAGUCAUCCACCUUUAUUUUUGAAGCCAAGAAGUACGAGUUUAAACUCAAAUGUCCGGAAUGUGAUCCAAGCAAAGAUGGUG